AAGCAUCAUAUGACCAAAUGUCAGAAAAACAGGGAAGACUGUGAACGCUGUGUGAAUUUGCGCACAAGUCAGCUGACUCCUGAAACUCCUUUAUAGUUUGCACAGGGAAUACUCGUCAAAAAUGUCUGGAAAAGAAAGGCUUCCCAUUUUCCCCUCUCGUGGUGCCCAAAUGUUAAUGAAAGCUAGACUAAAGGGUGCCCAAAAGGGCCACAGUCUGCUGAAGAAGAAGGCGGAUGCGUUGCAAAUGCGCUUCCGUAUGAUUCUUGGCAAAAUCAUUGAGACCAAAACAUUGAUGGGUGAAGUAAUGAAGGAAGCUGCCUUUUCAUUAGCAGAGGCGCGUUUCACUACUGGAGAUUUUAAUCAAGUGGUUUUGCAAAAUGUCACAAAAGCUCAGAUUAAAAUUCGUACUAAGAAGGAUAAUGUAGCAGGUGUAACUUUGCCUGUAUUUGAGAGCUAUCAGGAUAGUACAGAUACUUAUGAGUUGACUGGCUUGGCCAAAGGUGGGCAGCAGCUUGCCAAGUUGAAGAAGAACUACCAGAGUGCAGUGAAACUUCUUGUUGAGUUGGCGUCGCUGCAGACAUCUUUUGUCACACUUGAUGAAGUCAUCAAGAUUACUAACAGGAGAGUUAAUGCUAUUGAGCAUGUAAUUAUUCCAAGAAUUGAACGUACAUUGGCCUACAUUAUCUCUGAACUGGACGAGUUGGAGAGAGAAGAAUUCUACCGCUUGAAGAAAAUUCAGGAUAAGAAACGCAUAGCACGUGCAAAAACCGAUGCGCUUAAGGCGGCUAUGAUUGCCGAAGGCAAGUUGAGGGAGAAUGAUCAUCAAGCUGGCAACAUGCUCGAUGAAGGAGACGACGACAUCCUGUUCUAAUACAUCACGCGCUCCCAUAUAUCCGGCUACUCAACAAUUGUAAGAUAUUAUUUCGAACACACAAGGUGUCGUAUUGCAUUGAGAAACGUCAACUUAAAUAUGAAGUCAUUUUCAAUUUUUAAUUCGGUUCAUAUCAACUCGGCUUAUAUGAUUUCUUGUAAAUAAUUGUAAUUGUAGAAGCGAAGAAUCCGUUCAUAUUAAUCUAUUGCACUAUAAACGAUUGCAAUAACAUUAAUAUGAUGCGAGUAGUCAAAACAAUAAUAAGAAAACGAACCAGAUACAUGUCCGAUAAGUAAACAAAUACACGUUAAAGCGAUGUGGAGCAUAAUAAAGAUUCCAUUUUACAUUAGGUUACUAAGGUAAACAGAGUUGAUAAAGCAUAGAACAUUUAUUUAGUGCAAGUUCUUUUAUUCUAAUUUAAAUAGCUUAGAUGCGUUCUUGACGCAAACUGUUAUGUAUUAUAGAUUCAUAAUAAAUCUAUGGUGUCCACAAUUAUUUGCGUGUUGAAAAAAAUUUAAACAUGUACUUGUUGCAAUAAAACGUUUUGAUGUUAA